AUGGUUUUGAAAGAAGAUCAAGAGAGGGUACUAAAAAUAUUGAAGGAAACGAUUGCACUGCUCUGCAAGAAUGGUUUGAAUUACAUAUCCGAUCUGAAGAUCGAAGGUUUGAUAGGGGUUACAAUCGACAAGUCCGAGAUAUUUCUUGUCAAUCUCAAUGAAUGCAUAACAUACGAUAACCAUAAUAAUAACGUUAAACUGCAGCAACAACAGUCCAACGACGAUGGCAAUGGUGGUCACACCUUCAUAAAAACUGACACUAAUCAUAUUGUUAAUGAUACCUACAGCUCCUCUGUUGUUCGCUGUGAAAGGUUGCUAACUUCACAUUCACAUGAAGACAACGAUCAACCGAAUGAAGAAAUUAUAAAAGAUAUUAAAAUUGAAAUAAACUGUGAUUCAGACAAUUCACGUUAUGAAGAUCUUGAUUUAUCUGACCCCAACAUCAUGGUGGAAGCUAACGUUAACAACGAUUCAGUCAUUGCCAAGUUGAACAACGAUAAAAAUUCUUCAGGCAUUUCUUCACCCUUACAUUUAAAUGAAAAUACAUGGCUGAAAGUUCAUCCUGUUCGAACAAAAAAUCAAAUAAUGAAACACACUUCUCAAUCAUACAGGAUCAACAACUCUUACAACAAAAACGGCAGACCGAUGUGCCACUCAUUGCAAUAUUGUCCGACAGAGAACACCGUGCCCACCACAGAUCAUUACAUCGUACAGCAACACCCAAGAAGAACUGACUUCUCAUCGCUAUCUUCAUCAUCUCUCAUUGAUGAUAAGCUAAGAAGUCACCCGGUGGUCUGCAACAUGUGUGGCAAGAGAUUCCCAAGAAAAUUAUUUCUACAGGCUCAUAUGAGUACACAGCAUGGUCUGCCUAAACCAUUUAAAUGUGGCAAGUGUGGCAAGGGCUUUCAUGACAACGUAAUUGAUGUAACUGAUGUAAAACAUGGAAUAAGACUAGCAAAAUCAAACUGGCCACAUAAAUUGUGA